AAACUCAACAUGCUUUACUAUAUAUAUUACACCUUAGUCUUCACUCUUUUAACACCAACUAUCUCAACUUCCCACUUUCCAUCUCAAAACAUUUUUCCAUUCUCUCCAACACUUAAAAAUGUUUAUUAGUAAAAACUCUCCUUAUUCACAUCUUAUUUCUUCACAAGAUUCCGAUGGGGAGAUGCGGUUAGCCGCGAGUUGUCCCAAGAAGCGAGCAGGGAGGAAGAUAUUCAAGGAAACUCGCCACCCGGUGUAUAGGGGUGUGAGGAAGAGGAAUUUAGAUAAAUGGGUUUGUGAAAUGAGGGAGCCUAACAAAAAGACUAGGAUUUGGCUAGGGACUUUUCCAACAGCCGAGAUGGCAGCCCGAGCCCACGAUGUUGCGGCCUUGGCAUUGAGGGGCCGCUAUGCUUGUCUCAAUUUCGCAGACUCAGUGUGGCGUCUCCCUAUUCCUGCAACAUCUGAGACAAAAGAUAUUCAAAAGGCAGCUACAGAAGCGGCCGAGGCUUUUAGACCUGAAAAAACUUUAAAGACUAAUGACAUUGAAACAGUUAUAGCCGUUGUCGCAGAAAAGGAGUUGAGUAUGUUUGUUUCGGAAGUGGAAACGGUUAUAGCUGUUGUUGCCGCAAAGGAGUUGAAUAUGUUUGUUGUGGACGUGGCGGAAGAAGAGGAGGAAGAUAUGCCGGAUUUGUGGAGGAAUAUGGUGCUAAUGUCCCCUACACAUAGCUUGGAGUAUGACUAUGAAGAUAUUGAUGUAGGUGAAUUUGAAGAUGUAUCACUAUGGAACUUUUAAAUUGAUAUGUUUGGUUAAUUUUGUUUUUUGGAUUGUAGAUUGAAAUUGAAAAGGAUUUUCCUUUUAGUAUUCCUUUUCUUUGAAUGUAAUCACCAACCAAGCUUAAUAUGUGUAUGACUUGAGUUGUAAUUUUGGUAUGUAAGAAUAUGAUGUGUUUAUUUAUCUAUAUUACGAUUUGGUUGCAAUUUCAACUUCUUAUCUUACAUAAAAAAUAUAAGCAAUUUCUAUUCUUGCUUAGCUUACAUUAA